GGCGUAAUGGGUUGUUUUAGUAAUUGCAAUAGCGAGUAAAGUUGCCUUGGCCUUUGGUUUAGAGGGGGAGGAUAUAGCGUUCACGAGGAGGCCGUUCCUGAGCUCGCUAUGGCAAUUGGCUGCGCGUGCACCCGCUGACUCCACGUAUCAUGCCGUCUGAUUAGGAGGAGAGGCACCACACACACACACACACACACACACACACACACACACACACACACACACACACACACACACACACACACACACAACGGGAUGCCGAGUGCGCACCGGAACCAGGGGACCAUGCGUGGUGUCGCCAAUCAUUUCCAGGGCUGAAGAUUAACGACAUUAUCCUUUUAGCCCAGCACUACUCGUCCCUUGCAGUGAAGGGGAGGAGGAGAAGGAGGAGCAGUGUGUGUGUGUGUCUGUCCUGAAUGUGUUAAUGAGUGUGUGAGCUGGAGGACAGUCACUCUCGCUUAUGCUUAGCGGUAAGGAAAGAAGGACGCGUACACUAAAAGCCUACUUCUACUACGACUGCUAGUGCACCACUGUACUACCUGCUUCGUGGACCUCAUUGCAUCCCAUCCCAUCUCAUUUCGCCUCCCAGCCGGCAAUCAUGACGGAAAAGCGGAUGUCGCGCUGGUACUUCGGUGGGCUGGCUUCGUGUGGAGCAGCCUGCUGCACGCACCCUCUGGAUCUGAUAAAGGUGCAUCUGCAGACGCAACAGGAAGUGAAGAUGAAGAUGGUUGGCAUGGCGAUGCACGUGGUGAAGAACGACGGCCUCUUGGCCCUCUACAACGGACUCAGUGCCUCAUUAUGCAGACAGAUGUCCUACUCCCUGACGCGGUUUGCUAUCUAUGAGACAGUAAGGGACAUGAUGGGAAGUGGCUCCGCGGGGCCGAUGCCUUUCUACCAGAAAGUACUGCUGGGAGCCUUUGGAGGCUUCACGGGAGGCUUCAUUGGAACGCCAGCUGAUAUGGUCAACGUUAGAAUGCAGAAUGACGUGAAACUUCCUCCAGAGCUGAGGAGAAAUUACAAACAUGCCAUAGAUGGACUCUACAGAGUAUUCAGGGAAGAGGGAGUGGCGAGGCUGUUUUCUGGGGCGACCAUGGCCUCCAGCAGAGGAGCACUGGUCACCGUCGGACAGCUGGCCUGUUAUGACCAGGCGAAGCAGCUGGUCCUGACCACCGGUAUCCUUGGAGACAACGUCCUCACUCACUUCCUGUCCAGCUUCAUCGCUGGAGGCUGUGCUACAUUCCUCUGUCAGCCAUUAGAUGUCAUGAAGACAAGGCUGAUGAACUCAAAGGGAGAAUACUCAGGGGUGUUACAUUGCUUUAGGGAGACAGCCAGAUUGGGACCACUUGCAUUUUAUAAGGGUCUGGUUCCGGCGGGAAUUCGGCUGAUCCCUCACACGGUCCUCACCUUCCUCUUCUUGGAGCAGCUCAAGAAGUACUUCGGAAUCCUGGUGGUCACCUGAGACAACACACACACACACACACACACACACACACACACACACACACACACACACACACACACACACACACACACACACACACACACACACACACACACACACACACUUCUCCGUUUACUUGUAUGCAAAAUGACUGGAAAUUGUGGGGACCUCUUUUGACCGAUCAUCUCAACAACAUCAAAUGCAUAUACUCACACAAACACACACUUGCACAUUAAGACAAUGUGUCUUUGUUUUUUGUUUGUUUCUUUAAUUAUUAUUAUUAUUAUUUCUCAUUGGGAAAUGCCAACAUGCAAAAAAUUGUCUCCAUCAUAUCUGCUGCAAUGUGUCUGGUGCUCCAUACUGCCUUCUAUUCAGAAAGUUAUUUCCUGGAAAUGAUUGCUUUUGAGCGUUACAUGUGGAAUAGAGGCCACAUCACUGAAACACAAGGUGCUACCAGCUCUGAACUCAUUCCAAUUAGGGCCUUUGCUAGCUUUACUUGGGCACUGACAAAAAAACGCUCACCCACAUUGUCCACAUGCACAACACAAAUGCACCCAAACGUGAGGUGUUAUUAGCACUUAGCUAACUCUAGUCAGUAUGCCAAGCCAACCUAACACCACCCCCACCACUCUCACACAUCUCAGCCCUUAUUGUACGCGCACACACAACUCAAUUAGUCUACAAACACACUAAUACACACAGAGAAAAUGUACAUUUCAUAUACUUUUGCGUGAUUAUUAUGUGUUGAUAUUUCCCAUGGCUAAAAUAGUCAAUCCCUUGUCAGUUAAGACUUUGUGUGCUAGGCAAUGGAGACUUUGUAUCUCAUGCCAAUUAAACAGAAAUAAUGCGCACACUUAUGCACAGACACAGUCACGUCACACCCACACUCAUACACACACAUCACAAACCAACGCACACAUAUAUGGGCCUUGACUUUAUCUUCAUUAGUAUAAACUAAGCGACUGCCUCUCAAACCUCACUGAUAUUCUGCCCUGUUCAAAUACAAACAUAGUUAGACUACUGCAACAGUAAGUGCUUGACUUUCUGUCUUCACCGGCAUAAUCACAGCAACAGUUAUAGCAACACAAAGAGGAUUUGUAUGCCCUGCGUCUCGUUGCCAUAGUUACUCCAAAGACAUGCCAAGAGCAGGGCUUGGGCUGAGGCCUCCAGCUGCCAAGUGGAGCUAUCCCAUGAUGCAGUUCACCAAGAGAGAGAGAGUGGAGCGGGGAGGAAAGUAGCAGUAGUUCAUUGUCACUAGCUCCAAACACUUGAUGAGAUUCAUUUGUAUUUCCUUUUACUUGCAAAUAUUGUUAUUGAUUGAUUGUACCAUAGUUUCGUCCACGUGCCAUCAAAAGGGAAAACAAUAGCGUCUAUAUAGCUAAUGUUAGCUAACGGUUAUUUUACCUUCUCCCUCUAUGAGGAGUGUUUUUCCAACGUUCAGUCAGUGUUUGAAUUUUAGUGGACACUAUGUAGUGACUCCAAUAUGUUAGGAAGUGUUAUUCCAUAGCUAAGUACACUAAAUCUGAAAUGUGCCGGGCCUUUUUUCGGUCCCAGUCCAGUCCUGUGCAUAUGAGCCUGAGAUUGAUUAGUCUGUGUGUAGUUAAACACAUGCAAGGUGAAUGCUGGGAAAUGUAGUUUUGGUACAAAUGUUGUACAAUGGGAAUGAAUGUCGUGUUUGGGAACAGAAAACCCUCCAGGGAAAUGGGAGUUGAUGCCAUGAUGUAGUGAUAUAAUGAUUUUCUGGAUGAAUGUCAUUUUGAAGUGGUGUUCUGUUUUUGUUUGCCAAGACACACACACACACACACACACACACACACACACACACACACACACACACACACACACACACACACACACACACACACACACACACACACACACACACACACACACACGCACACACGCACACGUGCACGCACGGUGAAGUAUGCAGAACUUUAUAGGGUAGAUUUAGAUGUUGUAGUGUUUUUUUGUUGUUGUUGUUGUUGCAUAGAAUACUGAUGACUUGCAAUGCAUUGUGGUACUGCAAUAUGCAAGCAACCAAUGGGGAUGGUGUGCAUCAGGGGCCAUGUAGCUGACGUCCAAGUUCCCGUGAAGCAACACCGCGCCAUUUCUAGAAAUAAGCUCAUUUUACACCUCCCCUUGAGAUAGAUAACCGAGUGUUACCUUUCU